AUGGCAGCCCCCACUGAUCGCGUUUCCAUCAAUGUUUCUACCGUCAAUCCUAGCUCAGUCAUUUUACUGCAGACCGCACGAGCAACGGCAUCUGCCAGGCCAUCAUCCCGGAGAAGACUUAUACGUAUACUUCUUGAUGGGGGCAGCCAACGCACCUUCAUCCGAAAGGAUGUCUCUGCAAAACUCCACUGUUCUACGUCGGGCUACGAAGAGCUCACUAUAUUUGCUUUGGGACGUCGCGCCAACAACGAAAACGUAUCACGUCGUGUCAAGGUUGCCUUGACACCACCUUUAAGCGCGCAGUCUUUAGAGCUCGAAGCACUCGAGAUUGAGGACUUGUGUAUGGGAAGUCUCCCAAUUCCCGAUGGAAAUCUCAUUAAGGAACUCUCCCAAUCAAACAUGACAUUGGCAGACGACACUGUUCAUCGCCUCGAAAUACCAGGAAUUUCAAUCCUUAUAGGAUGCGACUACUACUGGAGCGUCGUAACAGGAAAGGUUCGCAAGCUUCGCAGAGGUCUAGUCGCCGUGGAAACUAUCUUCGGCUGGGUCCUACAGGGCCCUACUCCGUCGAACCACGAACCUCAUGCCCAAGUCGCUCAUGCAUUACAUGUACAGGCGACAGACGUUACCAUAAGGCAGGAGUUGCGACGGUUUUGGAAUGUUGAACAUCUUGGGAUUGAGGAGAUAUCUUGCCCCGCCAGACCUCAAGAGGAUCCUGUUCUUCAGCAAUUCGCGGCGACAACCCGGUUAUCCGAACAACGAUACACUGUUCGUCUUCCAUGGAAGGGGAGCAAGAAGACUCUGUCUGAUAACCAGUCGCUGGCUCUGAAACGACUUAACGUCCUAACCAGGAAACUCCGUCAAAGCAAAGCCCUUCUCGAGACAUAUGACAGAACUAUUCGACAAUAUAUUAACCUAGACCAUGCAGAACGGGUAAACCCUUCGUCCCUCGUCUCUCAAGCAUAUUACAUGCCCCACCAUGCCUAA